ACACUCGACCGAGACAGAGUGGGGAAAAGUGCAUAAAAACUUGUCAGCAGAACUUCUCACCAAUUAUAGCCGUUAGGGUGGAUCUUAUACUUCAUAGGAAUUAUUUUCAAAUUAAAAUUCAACUUCGACGAUUAUAAUAUCACGGAUGAAAACAAUGUCGUCGUGGUUUGCUAUUGUGACAUUUGCCUGCCUGGCUGCAGUAUCCUAUGCUGCACCACAGGCAAACUACCCGGUAGGAACACGAGUUGAAUCCAUCCCCAUUAGGAAUGACCGCGAUGGACAAGACACCGAGAAUAAUAACGUAUUUGCGAAGAAGAGUGAUCGGCACCAGGAUGACGAGACCUUGGAGGAAAUUCAAGCGAAAUCCGCGCAAUAUUCGUACGAUUCUUCGAUAAACGAUUCAAUCAGCGAUCAGACCGUGACUCGGCAGGAAACACGUGACGGGCUGGCGCUGAAAGGAAUGUUCGCAUACAGCGAUGGUUUCUACAAGCGAGAAGUCCACUAUGUUGCCGAUGACAAAGGAUAUCGAGUGGUGAAAGAGAUAACGAUCCCAAUCGGAGAUGGACCUCGGGUGGAUCCCAACGGGAAAGCGGAUGUGUCAUCGUCUCUUUCCGGGUCGUACUCAAUCACAGCUGAUGACAUCGCCAGGCCAGUGAAGAAGAUUGCAAAGAAAGUAGAUACAGAAUAG